AUGGCUAACAUCAACCCCGCCAGCGUCUCAGUUAUUGAUGAUGACCUGGAGACAUGGCUUGACGUCGAGGGUCUCUGCGAAGACCUUUCGGACGACCCCGGACAAAACGCUACCACGGCACAAUAUGAUAUCAGCUCGACUUUGGCUAGCGUACAGACGCCCCUGGAAAAUAAUCCACUGAAUGAAGCGCGACCCGGCGGUCAAGAAAACAAAGCAUGCCCGAAAUCGCGACGGAAGACCAGCUCCCAAACCAUCCCGUCUGCCAGCUACUCUGUCAUUUGCUUCCCUUCAAAUCCCGCCAAACCAGAUGGCGUCAAGAAAAAGAGAAAGGAUUUUAACGAAAAGAGGAGACUCGAGGUUGCCCAAGUCCGCAAGACUGGUGCUUGUUUCCGAUGCAAAGUGCGAAGAAUCUCGUGCGGUGUCGGGGAACCAUGCCAGGCAUGCAAGAAAGCUGCUGGUUCUCUUGGACUCCAGCUAUGCAUCCGGGAGAGAUUAACGAAGAUGAGGUUCAGUUCAGGUGACCUUCACUACAUCGAUUACACGGCGCGCUUGCUCGACCAAGAACUCAUCGCCGGGACGACCCACCUCGGUCCGCCUCGCAAAGUCUCUAUAUCCAUGGACUACGUCGACAACCCAGCCUUGGAGGUUGAAGUUCAGGAUUACUAUGGCAAUAAGACGCCGCCUUGGUUGUGUUGUUGGGUUGUCAUGAAUCAGGUUGACGGUCAUAUCGAGUUGCAUCGGGAGGAGAGUGCACGAUAUGCUCUUCCACAACUUCUUCCGUCGAGUGACCUGGUCGACUGGGUCGAGAAUAUCAUCGUUCACCAGGAUACCCGGUGCAUCGGCUUCCAGCAAGCCGUAGAUGCCUUCAUCAUGAGGUAUAGCAAGUCGAGUGCAUCUCUUCCGAUGCAUGACUUUGUGCGAAAAGUCCACAAACUCAACUGCUUAACCAAGAUACGACUAGGGCUGGUCCUCUGUGUUGAAGAGGAUGGCAAGACUACACCACCCUCUUGCGCUCUGCAUACUCAAUUCGGUCAGAUAUCCAAGGCUGCCUCGCAACCAAUCGAAAAGGAGGUCCUGUCCGAGUUGGAGAAACUCAUGUUUGGCACCGCUGGUAUCGGCCCUGACAACGCCAUAGCUCUGUGGGCCAGUCUGUGGUGCUUGAUUCUCAUGUACAGGAAACUGGUCCGGUCCUAUAUCGCCUUCCAGCAGUUCCCAUGCCAUGUCCCCGAGGACUACAGCGGCUUUCCGGAGUGCAAGCUGGAAGUGGGCACACAUUUCUACCACUACCUUGUCUCAAUCUAUGCCGCCCUGUUUCGUGUCACAAGCCCGCUGUACACGGACUUCAGGGUUGCAGCCACACGGAAGCUACUAGACGAGGAUGAGUCCCUUGUAAGGGCCUUUAUGAAUUUGCGAACUGAGAGCUUUUACUUUCUUUGCCCCCGUAUUCUCAACAAACUGCCCAUAGGGGCAGCCCGCCGUGGUAGAUGA